AUGGCCAAGCGCUGCACGCUUUUGAUGGACAGCGAUGUCCAUGGCCCGCCCUCUUGGCCUGUUGCGCUCGAGGUGGUCCGCAGUGAAGGAUCGCUGGUGUCUGCAUCGAUCUUCAUAGCUGAAGGGACAGGAUUCACGAUGGACACCGACUGGGGCAAGCGCCUGCAGGAGCUAGGCAUAGAGCCAAAGGUGGUGCCAGCCAAGGAGGCCAGCAUCGAGCUCUGCGCUGAAGCCAUGCGCCUGGUGAUGGAGGAGGACGUGAAUGUUGUAUGCCUGGCCGUAAAGGAGGAUGACUUUGCUACCCUGUCACAGAAGCUUCGCACAGCCGGUAACACAGCCGGUAAGCAGUUUUCCAUCCUGGAGAUUGGCAGCCUGGGUGAUUCAUGA